AUGAAAACUCGUUCGCAGAAGCUGGAGUCGGAUCCAACUCCUCGUGCCAAAGUUGAAUCGUCCAACCUCAAUGCACAGGUUAAAAGCCUCAGAAAACAGCUGAAAUCAGAAGAGAGUCAGCACAAAGACCUCAAAAUCGAUUACGAAAAGCUGGCCGAGAAGUACUAUAUUCAAAAGGCGGAACUCCAGGAUGUAUACAAAAAACUUCGAAAUUCUAGCCAGGAGGAAAUUCGACUGCGCCUACUUCUGAAUGGUGGUGGCUUCGGCAACGAGACCUUGUUAGUUGACGCCGAGUUCAAGAGAAUAUGGAAAAGCCUUACUUGCGAAAUUAUGGACUUGGCUCUUAAACUGAAUGGUACUUGGUCAAGACAAUCGCUCGACGACAAAGUCACGGAACGGCUACGACGUGUUUCCAAAGAUUAUCAGAAACACUACCAAGAUCCAGAUUUUUGCAUUUCCAUCAUGCAAGGCUACCUAUGGGUUCUUAUUCAAGAUAUUGUAUUUGAUACCAAACAAAAGAUUUGGGGCGGACCUGGCGUAACAACGCUUAAAGAUACGAGAGAAAGACUUAUCGCACAUAUUGGAGAAAUCGAAGGCAAGUCAGAGACUGAGCCGUCUGUUCCUCAAAUCGCAGGAUGGUUAUCUCGAGGUUACCCAAUAAUGGGCAAGCUCUAUGGCAACGACAGCAUUGACGUCGAGCGUGUGGUGGACUUCGAGACCAAACGCCUGCGACCUUUUAUGGCGGAUCAUCAAUCCAAAACUGACAGGACUGAUGACAUGGUCUCGAAAGAUCUAAAGCGCAUCAUUGACUUUGCUAUUGAGCUCGAUCAAGGGAUGGUAGGUUCCAGGGCAGUCUACGAGGUUUACUGGGGGGACCGAUCACAAGAGCCAGGUAGCUUAGGGCGAUGGAACCCAGAAGCCAUGGAAGUUGACGCCUGGAAUCAUACUAUAUCCUCAAAGAGCCUUGUCCUAUUCCGCAUCUCGCCUGCUCUUUACAAAUUUGGCUCAAAUGACGGUCGCGGAUAUGAUUCAUAUCUAGUUAUAGAAGAACUUAUUCGGAAGUAUGCUGUACAGGAAAAGAACUUGGGUGAUGGCGAGGAGCAAACGGGAAUCGUCACAACAAGUUCUAGUGUUAGCACCGCUGUGGAGUUUUUGAUAUUGGGAUAA